CGAUGACUGGCGCUCACUCUCCGCGGGAAUGAUCUGAUCUGACGGCUGCGGAGAGUCAGCGGUGCUCUGUGAAGUCAUGGCCGCUCAGUGUGAACCCUUAAGCGGAUACUUACAGCAGUCCGAUCCGGGCUCCAACAGCGAGCGCAGCGCGGAUUCCCCUCUGCCCGUGUCUGAGGAUGACUCCAGCGGACCCACGGCGCCUCCGGACCCCGAGUGGACCGAGGAGAGGUUUCGAGUGGACCGGAAAAAACUGGAGAUCAUGCUAUUAGCUGCCACGGAGGGGCGAGUCAACGGAGGUGAGGACUUCUUUCAAAAGGUCAUGGAGGAGACAGAUACUCAGAUUGCAUGGCCUUCCAAGCUAAAGAUCGGUGCUAAGUCAAAGAAAGAUCCACAUAUCAAAGUUAGCGGUAAGAGAGACAAUGUGAAAGAAGCCAAGGAGAAGAUCAUGUCUGUCCUGGACACAAAGAGCAAUCGCGUGACUCUAAAGAUGGACGUCUCACAUACCGAGCAUUCACAUGUCAUCGGCAAAGGGGGAAACAAUAUCAAGAAGGUGAUGGAGGACACGGGCUGUCACAUCCACUUCCCCGACUCCAACCGCAACAACCAGGCUGAGAAGAGCAACCAGGUGUCCAUAGCCGGCCAGCCAGGAGGAGUGGAGGCCGCCAGAGCCCGAAUUCGGGAGUUACUUCCUUUGGUGUUGAUGUUCGAGCUGCCAGUCAUAGUACAGCUGAACCCUGACCCCAGCUCUCCUGCCAUCCAGCACAUCUCCCAGACGUACAACAUCUCUGUGGCCUUCAAACAAAGGUCCAGACUCUAUGGAGCAACAGGAGUAGUGCGGGGCUCACAGAAUAAUGCUGAAGCCGUGAAGAGGGGCACAGCGGUUUUACUGGAGCACCUCACGGGCAACCUGGCCAGCGCCAUCACGGUCAGCACGCAGCUUGACAUCGCGCCCCAGCACCACCUCUUCAUAAUGGGCCGCAACGGCAGCAACAUCAAGCACAUCAUGCAGCGCACAGGAGCGCAGGUCCACUUCCCAGACCCCAACUGCCCACAGAAGAAAUCCACCGUCUAUGUGCAGGGAACCAUUGACUCUGUGUGUCUGGCUCGCCAGUACCUGAUGGGCUGCCUGCCACUGGUGCUGAUGUUUGAUAUCAAAGAGGACAUUGAGGUGGAACCGCAGUGCAUUACUUCCCUAAUGGAACAGCUUGAUGUGUUCAUUAGUGUCAAACCCAAACCCAAGCAACCCAGCAAGUCAGUGAUAGUGAAGAGUGUGGAGAGGAAUGCUCUGAACAUGUAUGAGGCCAGGCGUUAUCUGUUGGGUUUGGAGAGCAGUGGUGUAUCAGUCCCCACCAGCAGUAACAGCAGCAGUCCUCCGUCCACCCCUGCUCCACCUCCACCUCUCAGCUUCCCCGUUGGCCUUGACAUCCUGGCCUCUGCUGGCCUUGGCCUCACCAGCCUGGGUCUGCUGGGACCUAUGACAGCCUCCAUGACAGGACCAUCCACCAACUCCCUUCUCAACGCUCUCAACAGCUCCAUCAGUCCAUUACAGACAUCCACCUCUGGAACACCCAGCCCCAAUCUCUGGCCCAACUCACUGGCCAGUCCUGCCAGCACUCCAGGUUUCUCAUCACCCUUGAUGAUCCACCCAGCCACCCAGGCCACUCUAACUAGCAUCUUGCUGUCAGGGGUGCCAGGCUACACCCAGAACACUCCGUCCCCUCCGCCUGGUCUCGCCCCCAUAGACGCCCAAGUCAACGGAGUAUCAGACUGCAGUAAAGCCGUGUCCCCCCUUAGUAGCAAACAACCCAGCACCAUGUACAGCAGAAUGUCUGCAGCGUCUCUGGCAGAUAAAGUUCUGACCGCAGCUCAUGGCAACUCUGUGCAGGAAGCCAGUCUCCACUGCCCUUCUGAACCUGAAGGAUCGGAUACGUUCGUGGAGGUGGGCAUGCCUCGAAGCCCCUCUCACUCGGGAAACAGCAAUGAACUGAAGCAGAUGUUGGCGUCUUGUAAGACAACGUCAGGAAAGAGGCAAGCCCUGGAGCUGCUACAGGGCACCAAGAACUCCCUCCUACAUUCAGACUGUCUGUUGUCAGACUCUGACUCCAGCGCCUCGGAGAGUCCGGUGGCUGAUAAACGCGCUCCAGGCAGUGAAAGAGCAGCCGAACGGGCCGCUCUGCAGAAUUCAGACAGAAUCCGCCUGCCGCCCCAAUCCUCCUUCUCCAGCAUGCAGGCGUUCGACUAUGAGCAAAAGAAGUUAUUGGCAACCAAAGCCAUGUUAAAGAAGCCAGUGGUGACGGAGGUCCGAACCCCUACUAACACGUGGAGCGGUCUGGGCUUCUCAAAGUCUAUGCCUGCAGAAACUAUUAAGGAGUUGCGCCGGGCAAACCAUGUGUCUUAUAAACCUACCAUGUCAACUACAUAUGAGGGGUCGCCUCUAGCCCUGUCCCGCUCCAACAGUAGAGAGGGGGUGGCGAGUGGCAGUGACUCGGAUAACUGGAGGGAAAGGAAUGGGAGCGGGCUCCCAGUACACAGCGACUUCCCCUCUCCCAUCAGCCCCAAAAGGAAGCAGAACAAAACAGAGCACUACCUAAGCAGCAGCAACUACAUGGACUGCAUCUCGUCGGUGAUGGGAACUAACGGCUGUAAUCUCAACACAUCUUUCAAAGGAUCAGAUCUGCCUGAGCUCUUCAGUAAACUUGGCCUCGGGAAAUAUACCGACGUCUUCCAACAGCAGGAGAUUGACCUUCAGACGUUCCUCACGCUGACCGAUCAGGACCUGAAAGAGCUCGGCAUCACUACAUUUGGAGCCCGCAGGAAAAUGCUGCUGGCCAUUUCAGAGCUGAACAAGAACCGAAGGAAGCUCUUUGAGCCGCCCAACAUCCGCUCCUCGUUCCUGGAAGGGGGCGCCAGCGGUCGACUGCCACGCCAGUUCCACACAGACAUUGCCAGUGUGAGCGGGCGCUGGUGAGCCCAUGCCAAUGCACCAACGGACAGCCUGAAACUGCACAAAUUCCCAUUCCCAACUCCAACCUGAUAUACAGUACUGGACCAAAACCCGGACCUUCUGAAACUGUGCCAAAUAAACAAAGUCUAUGGAACAGAGGUUAAGGGUCAAAUAACUGUUGAAUAUUAUAUGCAGUAUGGUACAUUAUGCAAUAUGGUACUCAUGUUACAAUGAAGGAAAUGCAGUGAAUGAUCAUUGGAGCUCCUGCACUGUGCUUGUAUAUGGAGCAGGCAGAUUUUAUUUAUAUGCUUGUCUUAGGCUUCAACAUACUAAUUCUUUGCACUUUAAAAAAUGCUAAAUAUUUUGUCCAUGGACAGAUUCGCCUGACUAGAUGCGCCUGGAUUUUAUUUAAAGCACUUAAAUGGAUAUCAAGCCAAAGUGUUCUGCACAAAUUAUCCAUAAGGGAAGCUUAUCUCAUCCCACGACUGCAUUACAGUGAAAUCACCAGCCUGUUGUCAUUACUUAUGGAUCUUAGUCAGAGUAGACAGCAUAUUGCAUUUGACAGAAAUUAAAUGGAGUGUACGUCUAUCCCUCACAGGCUUGUUUUCAUUCAGGUCAAAUUAAAAUAGUCUACCCUGACUGAAUUCCACAGUACAUUGUCUAUAUAGUAUUUCUAAACCUAUAAAUAGUUUACUUUUAAAGGGAAAAUGAAAAAUCUACAUUAUUUUAGUAUAUGACUUUAGUUCUUCUAUGGAACUCAAAAGAAGAUACUUCGAAGAAUGUUUCAGCUGUUUUUGUCCAUACAGUGAAAGUUAAUUGAGUGCACUAGUUGGUUCUAGAACUAUUUUUGCCAUUCAUUUUUUUCCCAAAGGGAUUAUGUAAAAAAAAAAAGAAAAACUUAUUUUAAAGUGUUAAAAGCAAGGAACCAAGUCAUUUUUUGUACAGAUUCAUGGGUAAUGUAAUAUUUCACCACAAAUUCUGCUGUUAUAAACAAUUAUUUUAAAAAUGAGUUGAAAAUACAGCUACAAGCAGCAUUUACUGGGGUUCAAUCGCUUUAAGGAAUUUGAGCACAUAUGAAAAAAGAUAUAUGUAUUAUUAUUUAGCAUCCAUCCAAAUAAAUUAUUUAAAAGAGCAUUUUCUGGUAAUUCCAGGUAAUUUACCAUAGAAAUAUGACAUUUUUUAACAUUUAUGGGUGUUAUAGCAACACCUAUAGUCCAAUAUCAAUAAAAGUUGGCAUGCCUCUUUAGUAUUAUAUGCUGCAUGGGCUCACCUAAUUUCGUAAAGUUCCGAGUUUUCGUUCAGGAAUUAUAGGCUUUUAGGUAUAUUUGGCCACACCCAUAUUGUAAUGACCCUGUUAUAGUUAACCAAAGUGUAAAUUUCAGAUUGUUUUUGAUAAUUAUUGACCUAGAGAGUCCAGAGAAUUGUACUGCAGUGGUUUUGUUGAGAUUGAGCAAAAAACCUAUAGGACUAGUUCGCAAAAGUAGUUUUCUUUUAAAUAAUCUUGAAUAAUUAAUGAACGAUUUUUUUGACAAUAGUAGUUCUUGAGGAAAAGUUGUUCAGAAUGAGGAGAUCUAACAUAUGAUAUGAAUAUUGUGUGUGUGGGUAAAACGCUGCAUGAUUUCUGCAGAUUCGGCCUCUGUUAACCCCCAUCUAAUAUGUGAUCGCAAUUCAUUGGCGAAUUACGGCCAUGAUUUUCAAGAUAAAUGAACGUGCUCAUAGACAGCGGUGGCACUUUGGACACAGACACUGUGUGUGAAUUUUCAAGUCAAUCAGACUAACGGGUGCAUAGUUAUAGCCAUUUUUAUGUUUUAGUCCUAUUAUAGCGCCACACAGUGGUCAGACUCUUUUUCUCAUGUAACCUCAGAUUGAGGUCUUACAUAUGCAUAUCGAGUUUUGUCUAAAUAUCUUAUUCCAUUGAAAAGUUAUAGCUGUUUUAGGAAAAGUGCCCCUCUUUCGAACGUUUUGGCAUCCCUUUGCGACGGUGAGUCGAAAACUCAAAAUUUUUUGAUCAUUUUUGAUAUUCACUCUCCAGAUAAUAUAUAUAUAUUUUUUUUAAGUUUAUUUCCGAUCAGGUGAAAAACUUAGGACUAGUUCGCCAAAGUAGGUUUUUCAAAAAAUACAAAAGAUUCUGUGGUGAUUGAAUCCGUAUAAUAUAAGUCAUUUGAGUCUUCGACAAGUACUUUAGGAGUUAUUAGCGAUUUCGUACUUUUGAUUGCUGUAGCGCCCCCCUCAGGCCGAUCGGGGCAAGCCUUGAUGACGUUGUAGACAUGGUGAGUACUACCAUCCCUCAAAGUUUCAGGUCUCUACGCCUUAUGGUUUGGUCUGCCCGAUCACUUUUAGGUCAGAAUGGUGAUCUUUGAAAAUCUUAACAAUUACGAUAGGGUUUCAGCGCUACACGCUUGAACCGCUCGCUAAUAAUGUGAACAGAUGGCUUUAACAAAACAUUUAUCUCAGAGCUCACAACAGUCUUUAAAGGUUUAUAAGCUACCAUUAAAAAUCAGUUUUUAAUUCUAACCCAACUCUUGCACUCUUUAUGGUCCAAAACAACAUUAGACCCCACUGACUUUCAAUGUAUGGACAAAAUAUUGUUUUUCACAGAAGAAGGAAAGUCAUGCAGAAUUUUUGGAUAACCUAUCCGUUGAACUGUUAAUUUUAGAGCUUAAUGUCAGCCUGUCAGUAGUAGCUUUCUCAAUAGCGCCUCAGAAGUGCAAAUUACACCAGCUCUCUUUCAACCACCUUCCUGAAUGCUACAGACCACAAAUCUUCACAGGCCUCACUCCCCAAACCGAGCUUUUUGUAAAGCAUUUGAAUUCCUCUCAGACCAGAUCACGGCUUAAUCCAUGGCUUUUCUCCUGCACGCGACCAAAGUUUGUGCUGCUUUCUUGAGCUCUAGUCUUCCUACGCCAUCUAACGCGCUUUGUUUGCUUCUCUCUUCUCCAUCUUCUCUCACCAUUCUUAUGUGAUCCCAACACGCUCGUCGUAUUCUUCAGAUAUUCCCAAAGCGAGUUUUUCAAUUCUGACUAUAUCUAAAGCUGUGAAUGUUGCCAGAUGUACUCCGAAGGACUGAAACCACCAAGUGCCUUUUGUCUUGCACUGACAACUUUUCCAAAGUAAUCAAAGACUAUCGAUCUCUCAAAGGUACAAAUGUUUUACUAGGAAGUACCACUUACAAGUAAUCUUGCAGUGCAUUGCUUUAUCUUUACAUGUACGGUAUAUAUUUAGUAUUUUCAUUUAGCUCUUGAGUACGUUGAAAUUGUACCUCACGUGAUAGAGGUACUAUUUAAGUUUGUAUUGUGUGUAUUGUCUUAUUAUGAGUGUUUAUAGACUUUUUAGCAGUUUGCUUUGAUAAUUUAGAGACAGUAGCAAUCAAUCAAUCAGUUUGUGUUAUGGUUUGUAAUGUUUGUUUUUUAAUCAGAUUGAGAUGACAAAUGAGUGAAACAAUAGCUCUUGGUGUUGCCUAAAAAUAUUAAUAGUAAUAAUAAAAUGCAACAGACUAUGCAAAGAAUCACUUUGCCAUUUUAGGUUUAAAUGUUUCAGUUUAAGCACAUACUGUACGCUUUUAUUGGUUGUCUCGUUUUCAGUAAAUUGCUUGAUACUGUAUAUCUUAGAUUAGUGCCUUUUAUAUACAUCAAAUGCCACUUUAGUGAGAGACCAAGUGUAAUUUGUGUGUAGAAUUGUUUUGUUCUCUCUCUAAGAGGGAAAAAAAGGGACAAAUGACGUCUUAAUAUUCUGACAUGGCCAGCACAUUUUUAAGUAUUUUUGGCCAAAGUCAAAUGUGUAACCUCUGGGUUAUGAGGUUACAUACAUCAUGUGCACAAAUAUACAGAGCAGUGAUGUAAAAACGGGAUAUUAAAGCACAUUAACCAGUAUUGUUCUUCCAAACGUACAUUAGCUGGCCAGUGCCUUGGAAAUGACUUUUAAAAUCUGUGAGCUUGGCACAGAUUUUGUAAUAUACUCCAUUUCUAAUGUUCUCUGAUGAUACAUUUGUAAAAUUGCCAUAAAUGUGGUAUCGCUGAAUGUUCCUUACAAGGUGUUAUGAAAGAAUAAAGCAUAUG